UUAAGGGCAUUUACCCGUUUGGAGGUUGAGUUGGAAAAAAGGAAAGGAAUAGACGAAUAGUUCAUAUUUUUAUUUACACGACGACUCCUCAAUUGAUCGUUCCUCUAAAUAUUCAAUUUCUACCCAUCAUCAUAAAUCUCAAACAAAUCCCUAAAAGAGAAACCCCAAAUAAAAGAGAGGAGAAUUUGUGAGAUGGGUUGCUUUGCUUGCUUCGAUGGAGGAAGUAAGCAGCGCCGCCGUGAAGAGGAGCGUUUGUCCUCUGAAGAAGCCCGCGCUAGAGCCGCCGAAGCUGCCCAGAAAAGACAAGAGGAAUUUGACAAAUCUGCAGCAGGGCGAGCUGCAAAAGCGCAGAUAGCAGCUAUCGCUAAACAAAACGCUAACACCAACAAAGGCGAACCAGCUCUAAAGUGGCAGAUGGGAUGAGGGUGACUCUCCAUUGCUAGACUUUGAUCGCACAAUAUUUCGUGAACAACUAUGGCGGGACCAGUCGAUAAGCAUCUUUAAUACAAGGUUGUGUGUGUAAAGGAGUUGAUAAAGCUUAAUAAGUUGUCCUUUUUUUUUCUCUUCUUUAUUUAUUGAUCUCUUGGCUAAUUGUGUGUGUGUCUUUUGUGUUGAGACACUGUAUGUAACUUGUGUAUAUAUAUAUUUGAUGAAAAAAUGCAUCACUGUGAAGUAUACCUAUAAUACCCCUGAUUCCAUAAAGCAAUAUUUCAUUGUUUCAAAACAUAUUUAUUUAUGCGAGUCUGUUGGAGACAAAUUAUAGGGUUCUAUACAAGUACACUUCAUGAAAUACACUAGAUAUUUGUUUAUUUAUAAAAGUUAGUGGUGUUUGC